AUGCGUCUCUUCCUCAUACGCCAUGGAGAGACAGUCGACAACGUCGCAAACCUCUAUGCCGGGUCUCGCGACUCAGCCUUGACUGCCCAUGGUGUCAUGCAAGCUCAACGGCUAGCAUCUCACCUCUCUGAGCACGUCGCCAUUGAUCACAUCUUCUCGUCGAACCUCAGCCGCGCGGUGCAUACCGCCCAGGCUAUCCUCGAUGCGCAGAAACGCGCGGAGGAUCUGAAAUUGAUUCAGGUGCCGGAGCUGAGGGAGAAGGACUUUGGGACGGGCGAGGGCACCAAGUUUGGGGCCGCGACGAAGCAUGAGGGUUCUGAGACAUCGCUGGCGAUGAGGAAGAGGGUUGAUGUUUUCUUGGACGAGCAUUUGCCUCGACUGGAUGAAGACUCGACCGUCUGCAUCGUCGCUCACGGUAUCAUUCUCGGUACUUUCUACAAAGCACUCCGCGACAGAACCUCUUCGUCAGCUGGUCCAGAUGCCGAACCGGAAGGUCAAGCAUCUGCUUUCGUGCGCUCCUCAUGGAGCAACACCGGCUACAUCGAGGCUCUCAUCACGCGCAACUCUUCCGACGAGCAUCUCCACAUGCGCGUCCUGAAGAUCAACAGCGUCGACCACCUCAAAGGUCUGAGAAAGACCCGAGGCGGAAUUGGCAGCGCCAAGUUCGACGCGAAACAAAAGACGAUGGACUCAUUCUUCAAGCCGGCAUCGCGAAAGCGCAAGCUCGAAGAUGAGGACAUCGUAUCUCGCUAA